AUGGUAUGGUUAGCUUUCAAGGACAGAUUAUCAACAGGCACUAGAAAAAGAGAAUGGAGAAUGGAGCAAUGCUGUGUCUACUGCAGAGAGAAGGAUGAAAGCAAAGAUCAUUUGUUCUUCGCUUGCCCAUAUACCUUCACAGUUUGGAUGAAUGUUGCAGAGAAAUUACUGGGUCCAGCGAUAACACCGGACUGGGAAGAUACAGUCACCUCCCUGUUACGCCAGAACAGGAACAAACUCGAUACUUUACUACUCCGCUUAGUUUUCCAGACAGCCAUUUAUAUGCUGUUGAAGGAGAAGAACUCAAGACGGCAUGGAGGUGUGUGCGCACCUGUGGAUACAACUACUAAGGCCAUUGGGAAUAUGGUCAAGAAGCGUAUCUCAUCUUUGAAGUAUAUGGGAAACCAUAAGCGGAGAGGACUACUUGUGAGAUGGUUUACUGUCUACACAUUUUAG